AUAUUUUGUCGCAGGGAGGGAAGCUGUCGCAAUACAUGGGUCUGAGCGACAAGGUCAGCCUGACUCUCUUUGCGCUCUUGACGGUCGUCUGGAUCGCCACCCGAGUCUUCGUCUUCCCCAUUUACAUCAUUGUGCCGGGCGUGAGGAUGAUAUACGACUGGGACGCCGUCCGCUGGGAGGGCAACAUAAUGGGACCGUUCCUCAUCUCCUUGCUCUGGGUCCUCUACGGCCUCCAUCUCUAUUGGACGCAUCAUCUCCUGAGGGCCAUCUAUAGGGCUCUGGCUAGUAAGGAAUUGCCAAAGGAUUCCCGGAGCGACAGCGAGGGAUCAGACGCAGAAGCUGACAAAACCGACUGAAAAUUGUUCUCGACUCAAAAUUUUUUUUUUUUUACGCAUUUUCAGUUUU